AUGAGUACAGAAGGAUCAAAACAAACUAAACUACUUUUGAUUGGAGAAACAGGUACUGGUAAAAGUUCAUUGGGUAAUUUUAUUUUAAAGAAGAAUGUUUUUAUGGCUUGUGAGAGUCCAAACUCAGUUACAAAAAAGACUGAUGAGUGUUCUGGAAAAGGUGAUAGAAGUGAUGUAUUUGUUGUUGAUACUCCUGGUCUUAAUGAUUCUAAUAAUUUUGAUAAUAUAAAUAUUCAAAAUAUUAUUGAAUGUGUUAAAAAAACAGGAUUACAAGGAAUUGUAUUGACAAUGGAUUUUAAUAAUCCUAGAUUUUCUCAUAGUCUUAAACAUCUUGUUAAAGUUAUAUCUGAUGUUUUCCAAUUUGAAGAUAUUUGGAAACAUGUAUGUAUUGUAUGGACUAGAUGCUAUGAUUGUUUCCCAUCAUUUAUGAUUGAAAACUCUAAAAUUGAGAAAAAAAAAUUUAAAGAAGAAAUAAUUAAAUUUAUUAAACAAACAAAUAAAAUAAAUGAAAAUAUUGAUAUUGAAAAAGAUAUUCCAAUGUAUUACGUAGAUUCACAAUUACUUGAUAGUGUUGAUAGUACAAGAUCAGAAAAAGAUGAUGAUACAAGAUCAGAAAAAGAUGAUAGUACAAGAUCAGAAAAAGAAAUAAAAAAAUUAAUCGAAUGGGCAAAAAAAUUAAAAUUAAUUGAUAAAGAAGAAAUAAAUAAAUCAAUAAAUGAAUUUAAAGAGAUUGAAUAUGAAGAAAAAGAAGAACGUGAAAUAAUAGAAGAAACAAAAGAUACUAUAACAUAUAAAAUAACAAAAUAUAUAAGACCUAAGAAAAUAAAGUAUAAUGAAGAAUUUAUUUAUGGUGAAAUUACUGAAACCAGUAGUAGAACUAUAACAGAAAAAAAAUCUAAUAAGAAACCAAAAAAGAGUAAUUGGAUUGUUGUAGGUGUUAUAGUAUUAGGCGUUGUUGUUGGUGCUGUUGUUGGUGGUGGUAUUGGUGGUGGUAUUGGUGCUGCUGUUGCUGCUGGUGCUGUUAUUAAUGUUGCUGCUGGUGCUGCUGCUGGUGUUGGUGCUAUCGGUGGUGGUGUUGUUGGUGCUAUCGGUGGUGGUACUAUUUUUGGUUUUAUUGGCAAAAAACUCCUUGGUGAUGAUAAAAAAAAGAUAACUGAUACCAAAUAA